GCAAUCCAUUCUAGUGACAUAAUGCAAUGUGACUGCAAAGUAAGACAACUUAUGUUGUAGGUCGCGUGGAAUAUUAUGGCUUGCAUUUGUACGGUAAGAAACAUAGCGAAUGUGAUUUUAUCACAAAAUCAUGCAGUAUUUAAGUGUCGCUAUUUCUGCGCACAGUUUACAAACAACAGACUUGUAAAUAUAAAGAAAAUGAACAACGAGCGAAUUUUAGCUGCGCUGAAUUGCCGAGCAAAAUCAAACACUCCACCGAAUGCAACAAAACGAUCUUAUAUUUCACGAAAGUCAUAUUUAGAACCUAUGAAACAAUUCGCUUACAAAUUUGGGUUGGUGCUUCCGGAAAGAUAUGAAAACGAGCAAUUACAAUCUGCAGCAUUUGAAUUGCUUAACGGGGUUUACAUGAAAGUACCACACGCGAAGAUACGGGAGUUCUCUGGGUUGGAGAAUAGUUUUAAUAUGUGGAUGCAUGUUGUUUAUCUACAUCUGUGGUGUUUGUUUGUUCGUUUGCGACAGGAAGGUCGAGAUGGGGAGAUUUUAAUGUCGGCCAUGACCCGAAUGUUGUGGUUUGAUGUCACUGAGAGGUUAAAAAAGAUUGAGGAAGAAAGCAACCAAAGUUUAACAAUUCAGAAACGAAUGAAGGAAUAUUACAAUCUCCUCUAUGCCUCGUUCUCUUUGUUUGAUGAAGGAAUCCUUGGCAGUGAUGCGCAACUUGCAUCUUCCCUGUGGAACCUUGUGUAUUCUAACAACCCUAAUGAUAUUGAAGCCUGGCAUUUGGAAUCACUUCUUCAUUACGUGCGUUUCACAAUAUCCUGCAUUGAUGAGAUUUCAUUCAACACGAUCGUCACCAAACCAAGUGAACUGAGCUGGUUAUUACCAAUGGAUUUACGUUAAUUUAAUUUAUCAUUUUUUUGUUUAUUUUAUGUUUACACUGGUAGCAAAAUUUGUUGUCAUUUGUUGCGUUUUGUUUAAUAUGGUCGAGGUUGUACAACGAAGCCCUCCAAAGGUGCCGGAUAUUGGCUUAGGUUUCCAUAAGAAAUUGUAUUUUAAUUAUGUUCAAGUUAACACUACAAUCCAUUUAAGUUAAAAAACUAGAAAAUACUGCGAAUGAAACUGUAGAAACCUUGCAUUUAAGUUCAAUAUUACAUUUACAGAUCAUAUUUAUAAUGGGGCUGUCCCAAUUUCUCAUUGCUUUCAUACCAACCAUGGCUAUAGGACUUGGUUCAUAUUACUAUCUCACAUCAAACCAAUACCAACAUAAGCUUGAACGAAGGGUAAUGAAGGGGUCUCGCCUAACUCAGAGCGAAAUUGAUGAAAGACAGAAAGAAGUUGAGGAAUUAAUGUCUGUGUUGAAACGAGCUUCGAAAAGCUAACAUUGUAUGGGUGCAGGUCAAGAGGUUCUUUAAAAAAGACACAAAUGAAAAUGUUUUGUGAUUUCACCUGGCAAUUAUAACUUAAUGAAGUUUGUUUGUAAACCCAUUUGACAUUAUUGAAAGUUUGGAACAGUGUGCAAAGGAUUCAUGUCACAAUGGGGGUGUGUUGACUGUUGACAUACAACUGGUGAAAUAUGUGACCAAAGUAAACCCUGGCUGUAUUAUAAACAGUUUCCUUCCUUUUCAAACCUGUGUUUACAAACAUAUGGUUGCCAUGUGUUGAGUAUUGUGUAGAUAUGUACUGUGUCUGUAAUAUUGUGUGUUAUUUUUGUUUAUUUUAAAUAUCUUCUCAGUUAUACACUGUAAUAACAAGGCCUUUUUUCAUCUUUGCCAAAG